GGGCGGCGGGUGCGGGUGGGCGCGAAGUGCGGGCGAGCGAGCGGGCCGGCGGGCGGGCGAGCGCGGGGGACGCGCGGGCGUGCACCCGCGCGCGGGCUCUCGGUGGAGUCGCGGCCGAGGCUGCGCUUCCUCAGCCCGACGGAGAGCGGCAGUGUCGCCCCGGCCGGCGCACGCUCGGCCCGCGUCUCCCCCCGCGGCGGCUGCUCCUCGGCACCGCCAGCCCCAGCGCCGCUCCGGGGCGGGCGGGCGGCGGCGGCGGGACCCGCGGAGCCGCUUUGUGUGCAGGCCGACGAGGGGCGGCGGCGGCACAACCACCUGACAGAGGCCUGGCGCUCGCUGCACCGUCCGCCCGCAUGAGGAGGAGAGGCCGGUAGAGGACUGUGAAAGAAAAGUUAUCCCCCAGGAUGGACUUCACGCAGCCGAAGCCUGCCGCUGCCCUCUGUGGCGUCGUGAGUGCGGACGGAAAGAUCGCUUACCCCCCGGGAGUAAAGGAAAUCACCGACAAGAUCACCACCGACGAAAUGAUCAAACGGCUGAAGAUGGUAGUGAAAACUUUUAUGGAUAUGGAUCAGGAUUCUGAAGAUGAAAAGCAGCAGUAUCUCCCACUAGCCUUGCAUCUCGCAUCUGAAUUCUUUCUCAGGAACCCUAAUAAAGAUGUGCGCCUUCUUGUAGCAUGUUGUCUGGCUGAUAUAUUUCGAAUUUAUGCCCCAGAAGCUCCAUAUACUUCCCACGAUAAACUUAAGGACAUAUUUCUCUUUAUUACCAGACAGUUAAAAGGUUUGGAGGAUACAAAGAGUCCACAGUUUAAUAGAUACUUUUAUUUAUUAGAGAAUUUAGCUUGGGUUAAAUCAUAUAACAUCUGCUUUGAGUUGGAAGAUUGCAAUGAAAUUUUUAUUCAGCUUUUUAGGACUCUCUUCUCAGUAAUCAACAAUAGCCACAAUAAGAAGGUACAAAUGCACAUGUUAGACUUGAUGAGUUCUAUCAUCAUGGAAGGUGAUGGAGUUACUCAAGAGUUACUGGAUUCUAUUCUUAUCAACCUCAUUCCCGCACACAAGAACUUAAAUAAACAGUCUUUCGACCUUGCAAAAGUCUUGUUGAAAAGGACAGUCCAGACUAUUGAAGCAUGCAUUGCCAAUUUUUUCAAUCAAGUCCUGGUGCUGGGAAGAUCGUCAGUCAGUGAUCUGUCCGAACAUGUAUUUGAUCUGAUUCAGGAACUUUUCGCUAUAGAUCCUCAUUUAUUGUUAUCUGUCAUGCCACAGCUUGAAUUCAAACUGAAGAGCAAUGAUGGUGAAGAACGAUUAGCUGUGGUUCGACUUCUAGCUAAAUUGUUUGGCUCUAAAGAUUCAGAUUUGGCAACGCAGAAUCGGCCUCUUUGGCAGUGUUUUCUUGGGCGCUUUAAUGACAUUCAUGUUCCUGUGAGAUUAGAAAGUGUGAAAUUUGCCAGUCACUGUUUGAUGAACCAUCCAGACUUAGCAAAGGACCUUACGGAAUAUUUGAAAGUUAGAUCACAUGAUCCAGAGGAAGCCAUUCGUCAUGAUGUCAUUGUUACUAUAAUAACAGCUGCCAAAAGAGACCUUACCUUAGUAAAUGAUCAGUUACUCGGCUUUGUCAGGGAAAGGACACUGGAUAAGCGGUGGCGAGUAAGAAAAGAAGCCAUGAUGGGUCUUGCUCAGCUUUAUAAGAAAUACUGUCUUCAUGGUGAGGCAGGAAAGGAAGCUGCAGAGAAAGUCAGCUGGAUAAAGGACAAACUUCUGCACAUCUACUAUCAGAACAGCAUUGACGACAAACUCCUGGUAGAAAAAAUCUUUGCCCAAUAUCUUGUUCCCCAUAACCUGGAAACCGAAGAGAGAAUGAAAUGCUUAUAUUAUUUAUAUGCCAGCUUGGAUCCAAAUGCUGUGAAAGCUCUCAAUGAAAUGUGGAAGUGUCAGAACAUGCUUCGGAGUCAUGUGCGUGAACUGUUGGAUUUACACAAGCAGCCUACAUCAGAGGCUAACUGUUCUGCCAUGUUUGGAAAACUGAUGACCAUAGCAAAGAAUUUGCCUGACCCUGGGAAAGCACAAGAUUUUGUAAAGAAAUUUAACCAGGUUCUUGGUGAUGAUGAGAAGCUGCGGUCUCAGUUAGAAUUGUUAAUCAGCCCAACCUGUUCAUGCAAACAAGCUGACAUUUGUGUGAGAGAAAUAGCUCGGAAACUUGCAAAUCCUAAGCAGCCAACCAACCCUUUUCUAGAGAUGGUCAAAUUUCUGUUGGAAAGAAUUGCUCCUGUGCAUAUUGAUUCAGAAGCCAUAAGUGCACUAGUAAAAUUGAUGAAUAAAUCAAUAGAAGGGACAGCAGAUGAUGAAGAGGAGGGUGUAAGUCCAGAUUCAGCCAUUCGCUCAGGACUUGAACUUCUUAAGGUUCUGUCUUUCACACAUCCUACCUCGUUCCACUCUGCAGAAACAUAUGAGUCCUUGUUACAGUGCCUAAGAAUGGAAGAUGACAAGGUAGCAGAAGCUGCAAUACAAAUUUUUAGGAACACAGGCCACAAAAUAGAAACAGACCUUCCCCAGAUACGAUCAACAUUAAUUCCCAUUUUACAUCAAAAGGCAAAGAGGGGUACUCCACACCAAGCUAAACAAGCUGUGCAUUGUAUCCAUGCCAUCUUCUCAAAUAAGGAAGUCCAGCUUGCACAGAUAUUUGAGCCACUCAGCAGGAGUCUGAAUGCUGAUGUACCAGAACAACUUAUCACUCCAUUAGUUUCACUUGGCCACAUUUCCAUGUUAGCACCAGAUCAGUUUGCUUCCCCAAUGAAAUCUGUUGUGGCAAACUUCAUUGUUAAAGAUCUUCUGAUGAAUGACAGGUCAACAGGUGAGAAGAAUGGAAAAUUGUGGUCCCCAGAUGAGGAAGUUUCUCCUGAAGUACUAGCAAAGGUACAGGCAAUUAAACUUCUGGUAAGGUGGCUGUUGGGUAUGAAAAACAACCAGUCUAAAUCUGCCAAUUCAACUCUUCGGUUAUUAUCAGCGAUGUUGGUCAGUGAGGGUGAUUUGACAGAACAGAAGAGGAUCAGUAAAUCAGAUAUGUCUCGCUUGCGGUUAGCUGCUGGUAGUGCCAUAAUGAAGCUUGCUCAGGAACCUUGUUACCAUGAAAUUAUUACCCCAGAACAGUUCCAGCUCUGUGCACUUGUUAUUAAUGAUGAGUGCUACCAAGUAAGGCAAAUAUUUGCCCAGAAGCUUCAUAAAGCACUUGUGAAGUUACUGCUCCCUUUGGAGUAUAUGGCGAUCUUUGCUUUGUGUGCCAAAGAUCCUGUGAAGGAAAGAAGAGCACACGCACGCCAGUGUUUACUAAAGAACAUCAGCAUACGCAGGGAGUACAUUAAACAGAACCCCAUUGCUACCGAAAAAUUAUUAUCACUACUGCCUGAGUAUGUGGUUCCAUAUAUGAUUCACCUGCUAGCCCAUGAUCCUGAUUUUACAAGAUCACAAGAUGUUGAUCAACUUCGUGAUAUAAAAGAGUGCCUGUGGUUUAUGCUUGAAGUCUUGAUGACAAAGAAUGAGAACAAUAGUCAUGCCUUCAUGAAGAAAAUGGCAGAGAACAUUAAGCUAACCAGAGAUGCCCAGUCUCCAGAUGAGUCCAAGACGAACGAGAAACUUUAUACAGUUUGUGAUGUGGCUCUGUGUGUUAUAAAUAGUAAAAGUGCUUUGUGCAAUGCAGACUCGCCAAAGGAUCCAGUCCUCCCAAUGAAGUUCUUUACACAACCUGAAAAGGAUUUCUGCAAUGACAAAAGUUAUAUUUCAGAAGAGACAAGAGUGCUUCUGUUAACAGGAAAGCCAAAGCCUACUGGAGUGCUAGGUACAGUAAACAAGCCUUUGUCAGCAACAGGAAGAAAGCCGUAUGUUAGAAGCGCCGGCACAGAGACUGGAAGCAAUAUUAACGCCAAUUCAGAGCUGAGUCCUUCAGCCGGAAGUCGUUCAAGGGAACAGAGUUCAGAGGCAUCAGAAACUGGAGUUAGUGAAAAUGAAGAGAAUCCUGUGAGAAUCAUUUCUGUCACACCUGUAAAGAAUAUUGAUACUGUAAAGAAUAAGGAAAUUAAUUCUGAUCAGCCUACCCAAGGCAACAUCAGCAGUGACCGAGGAAAGAAGAGAAUUGUAGCAGCAGCUGGUGCUGAGAAUAUCCAACAAAAACCAGAUGAGAUAGUAGAUGAGUCAGGACCUCCUGCGCCUUCCAAACCUAGAAGAGGACGUCGCCCCAAAUCGGAAUCUCAGGGCAAUGCAACCAAAAAUGAUGAUCUAAAUAAACCCACUAGCAAGGGAAGGAAGAGAGCUGCAGGCAGCCAGGAGAGCCCUGGGGGUCUGGAAGCGAGUAAUGCCAAAGCGCCCAAGCUACAAGAUGGAGCCAAAAAGGCAACACCAGCAGAGAGACAAAUUGAUUUACAAAGGUAAAAAGAGAACAUACUUAUACAGGGAGAAAAUGAAGGCCAAACAGAAGCAGAUUCCAGGUUCUGUAAAAACUUGGAUUCAAAUGUCCCCAGACAGAAAAUGAAGCUCACUUCAAAUACACACUCUCUGCCUUGAGAACUGAAAGAAGCUAGCCUUCCUUUUCCACAGCCACAGUCCUCUGGUGGGCGUGUACAGCAGAGACUAGAGAGAGGCUGAAAGUCUCCCUUCUCCCCUCCCCAGACUUUUCCUGGGAAAAGUCAAUAAUUAAGCAAAUUGCUUAACUCUUGGUUCCAGUUCCUGUAUAUCUGGAGCUUAAAGGCAUAAUAACCAUUGUUUCCAUGCUGCAGUUGUCAUGAAAGAGUGGAGAUGUCCUUACACUGACACUGAGAGCGUCCAUCCUCACCACAGGAAAGCAGGUGUCUACUGAACUGAGUCCUUACGGAGAUCAGAUGGCAUUUUCUUUGUGUUCCUUUUGGAAACUUAUGUAUUAUUCUUUCUGCCUGUCUACUUUUCUGCAAAAAUGAGAUGUACAGAUUUCUGUUCCCUGCUAUGAAAAGUAAUAUCGUGGCAAUUUUAUAAAUGUUGCUUUCUGGUUUUUAUCAGAAUGAGAAAAUAAUUAAAAUUAUUAUUGAUUUGCAAGUCGUAAACACUUCAUAUUAUGAUUUGUCCUGUUUUAGUUUAAUAUAAUUUGCAAUAAAUGUACAUAUUGUUUCAUAAGGAAUAUCACUUUUAAAUGGUUUUGCUCCUAUGAUUAUGUUGGAAUAUUGGGAUUUUUAAAGGAGUAAAGACUGUCCUGGAUUUGGUUUUAUAAUUUUUGUCACCAGAUUUUUAUUAUUAAUGUAAAAAAAAGAGGUUUUUUUUCCCCUUUUGUUUUGUCUUUGUUUUUCCUUUGUGAUAGAAGUAGAUGGACACUGGCAGCUUUGUAAGAAAACAGAGCUGCAGGGUUGCUGUCAGCUUUCAGUUCCCUGCUGUUAGGAAAUAAGCCUUUUAUUUUUGUCUGAUAAUUUGGGCUCAAUUUUUAACUUUAAUUUACAGACAGCUGUUACAUCAAUAUUCUGUUCCUUGGCAUUCAUUGUUCAGCAUAGAUAAUGUGUGCACCAUUUGUGUACACAUAUUCAUAUUUCAUUUUUGCAUAAAAUAAAUGCUUCUAGAUGUCCUAUGGAAGUCUUCAAUCUUUUUAUCAUGCUUUCAUCUCUUAGGAGUUUUUAUGUGAAAGGGCUAAAGUCAGAGAAGCAAAGGAAAUGAUUCCAGUCACCUCUCAGUUACCUGUGUAAACAGAGGUAAUUCUUCAAGGGAGCAAUUUUGUAGUCAUAAACAUAAGAAUAACAAAGGCAUCUGCAAGAAUGGUUGAGGAAAAACUUGAAAUUAACUUUUUCUGAUCCCUCAGAGUUUUUGCCUGUCUCUACUGUCCCCACUCAGAUUGUGCCCAAAGCCCUAGCAGAAUGUGCUACUAUAUUUGCAUUAUGACUUGGUCUUGAUGGGAUAUAUAAAAUCAUUGAAGUGUCAAAAUUUCUCCAGAAUGAAAUUCAUAGAUAAUAUGUCACUUAGGUUCUCAUAGAUAAUUGAGAGUGGGCUAUAAAUUGACUGGGUGAAAGUUGGCUUUUUUCUAUUAAGUAUUGUAGCUCUUUUACGUGUACAUGUUUGGUGUCAGAAGAUGCUAGAGAACAGUGGAUACCAAUGACAACAUUUCUUGAAAGGGCAUAAAAGCCCUCUUCUUCCUGCUGCCUCUCCAUGACCUUUUAGAAAAAACAAAACAUUGCCUCCAGUACGCUGACAGAGUAUCUAUGCAUACGGAUCAGUAAGGUCCCUCAAUCAAUCAGUGCUAUAUUCUAUUUAGAAGAAAUCUGAAGUUCAGACAACUUGAUUCUUAGGGCCACCGAUUAGUCACAAGGUGCAAGAAGGGAAGAUUCCUGGGUGUUUAGUAUUUUAACAGCACAGCAGAACUGUCCACAUUCAUUAUGGUUCUCUGGACUUCUGCAGCAGGACAGUUAUUUUCAGGGUCUGCUCCUCAUGGGUGUGUAAGCAUGAGGACUAGAUCUCUGGCUUGAAGGGAGAGGAGAGAAAACUCUUCAAGGAUUAAUCCCGAGGGACUCGAUUACUGGAAAUGUGUCAGGUUUUCUUUGAAAAAGAAAAUGUAAAAUAUCCUAGGAAUUUGGUAUUUACAUCUCAGAGAAAUACAACACAAAAGUGCAGACUUAUAUUUGAGAAUUACUGUUAACCCUUUGUGUCUAGUUUGAAGCUUCUUGUAUUUGUCUAAAACUACAAGCCAGACUUUUGUAUCCUUUGAUAAAAGUGUGUAUAAUGUAAAGUAGUUUUGCAUAUCCCUGUGCUGCACAUGGGCUGGGUUUUUAGAAUUUUUUUAAAGACUUUAAGCAGAACCAUGUAAUUUGUGUAAAUGACAAGUGUAAAAUCCUUCCAUAAAAUGCUUACAAAUAUGCACUGUUUCAAAUAAAACCAAGAAAUGCA